AUGCAAUUCUAAAAUCAAAUAGAGUUAACUGCAGCAGAUUAAGAAUACUAUUAAAAUGACUUUCCUGAAUAAUAUGCUCAGUAGAAUGCUAUCAAUUCACCUUACGGAAGACCAUUAAUGAUGCCAUAGAUUGCAGCAAGUACCCUACCAAUGAUGAGAAACGGUAAUAAUCUAUAAGACUCUCCAGGUGGCUCAAUUAGAAAAUCUAAGCGACCAAUUUCUGCAGUAAAUGGCAAGCUUCCAGAGCCUUAAACUGAAUAUCUAUAGCAAAUGUUUCAGCCCUACAUGAAUCAACUCAAUAAAAAGUUCUAGUUGAGUCAAAACGACUUCAUGAAUAGUACUUACCGGAAGAAAUUGAUUCCAGCAUCCAUGAUGUAUAAGAAAGAAGAUCUCUAUGACUAAAAUAUCUAUUUGAAACUGCAACUCAAUGACUAUAAGGAAGACAAUUUGAAGCUAAGGACCAGGGUUGCGCAAUUACUUGCUCAGAUUGGCAGCAGAGAUAAGUUGUUUGAUGAUUUAUACAAAUCUGCUUUCAUCACAUCCUAGGGAACAUUCGCUAAGAACAAUCUCAAUAAGGAUGCUUUACUUAUCAUAAACUUAAAGAGACAAGUGUAAGACCUCAAAGAUAACGUAUUCAAUAAAGAUGCUGAGAUUUAUGAUCUUAAAAAGGAGAUUAAGUCAACAAAAAUCAAAGAACUUGAGAUAGAGCUAAAAACUUAUAUGUAGGAGUGUUUGAGAUUGAGAUAAAUAACUGAGUAGGCAAUAAAAUUUAGCGGAGAGAUUGACCUUAAAAAAAUACAGUAAGCAAACAUAGAGCAAUCACAGCAAUUUCAAUUACAAACUUAGAAUUUUAAGUAGCAACUAAAUGAUUAAGCUUAGUAGUAUCAAAAGCUUUAGAACACCUAUUCCUAGGCUUAGUUGGAUAUCUAGAACCAGUAAUAGAAAAUAGAAUUUUAUGAGAAUAAGCUAGAUUAACUUUAAAAUACAUUGAGAGAGACAGAGCAAGAUAGGGCCGAAUAGAUUGACCUAAGAGAUCAGGAGAUUAAGAAGCAUAAGAAUCAGAUUAAAAAGCUUAAGAAAGAAAUUGAAGAUAUCAAGUAAAAACUGGCAGAAACAGAGGCAAUGAUCCCUAAGAGACCAGAAAAAGAAUACAUUGAGGAAAUUGAGGUGAAAAGGGAUAAAAUAGAGUAGUUGUGUGAAGAACUAAUUAUGAAAGAUAACACAAUCGCUUAAUAGGCUAUUCUUAAUAAGAAUAUAUAGAAAAGUCUAGAUGCUUCAAAUCAUGAACUCAAUGAAUAUAAAAAGCAUUUGUAGGAUACUUAGCAAGAGCUAACAGACUUAAAUAAUGAAAAUAAGUAGCUUGAUAAUGAACUUAAAUCACUUCAAGAUAAGUAUCAAUCAUUGAAAAAUGAUAAAGACAGAAUAUAAGGAGAGUAUAAUGACUACCAAGAUUCAUAAUAAGCAAAACUAAAAAAGGUUCAAGAGGAAAUAAUCACUAAGAUUCAGGAGAUUAAUAGGUUAAAGAACACAAUUGAAGAGUUAGAAAAUACCAUAAAGGAUAAUAAUUAUAAGCUUAGUGACAAUGAUGAGUAGAUUACUGAGUUGCUAGAAAAAAUAAAUAGCUUAACAGUAGAUAACGAAAACCAUAAAUUAGAAAUAGAAGAUUUAAAUCAAAAACUGAAAAAAAAGGAAUCCAUCAAAUAAUAGUAAUCGUCAUCAUCAAUGUCUCUAAAUUAGAAAAAGAAAAUAUAAAAGGAAGAUAGUGAAGAAGAACAUUAUGAAUCUCAAAAUAAAACAAUUCUCUCCCAGUCAAUCAUUGACAAGGAAAAAGCACCGUUAGAUGAGGAAUAAUAAGAGGAGAUCAAUCAAAUAGUCGAGUAAACUGAAUUAGUUCUGAAAGAUGUUGCUUAGUCUUUGAUUGACAAAAAGCUUUCACUAAGAUAAAUUUUGGAAGAAGAAAAUAUCUAUACAGUGAGAGUGAAUAAAGAAGGAGAGGAAUAAGUUGAAAAAGAGGUUGUAUUGUACAAGCAUUUCAUAUCUAAAUUAGAUAGCUUAAGUUCUAUAAAACUCUAAGCAAGUGAGAGAGCUUUUAUUAGAAGAAUCUUCUCUUCAAAAAUAAAUGACAACUUGAUCCAGCUUGACUAAAUCGCCAAAAUUUUAUCAAAUCUAGGAGUGAUUGAUUACUUACCAAAGCCCAAGAAACGACUAAACUACGAUAAACUAAAUCUUAAGUCCAUUAGAAUACUGAACAGAUUACUAAUAUACUUGGAGGAACAUUAAUAAACUGUAGAUGAUGUCUUUGGAGAUAAAAUAAUCCAAUAAAAUGUGAAGGCAAAAGAUAAAACUGAAUAAGUAGAGCUCAUCAAAGAUAUAGACUUCUUUGAUAAGCUUUACGAGUUAGAAAUCAUCAUUACUAACGAAAUAAAAAGCAAUCUCGCUCUAUUCUUAUGUAUCGAUGAAAGCUUUAAGACUUAGAUUAUGAUGAAAAAGCUUAGAAGAGUGAUGACUGAUUUUUAAAACAGUGAGGGACUCAAAUCAAUAGGCAUAGAUAAGAGGAAACUACCUGAAAGUUUAGAAACUUAACUUUUGAGAAAAUAGAAUGAAGGUUAGAAAUCCACGCUAACUGUAUUGUCUCCUUCUUAAUCAUAAUAAUCUCAGUAUGCUUAUGAGCCUCAAAAUCUUAUAAAAGCUUAAGACUACAUUAAGUUGGAAACUGGAAUCAAAGAAGAGGAGAAAAAAGAAGAGAGUCUGAUGAAAGCUAUUUCAAGAUAGUCUUCUAAGGUCAGUGAAAAGCUACCACCUAGACAGCAAUCAGCAGUAUCAUAUACCGGUUAUCAGCCAUACAAUCAUGAUCAGACCUAAACUUUAGUUGGAUAUGAGAUGAUCAGCACAAAUGCAGUUAACAAUAUGAUCUAAAAUAAGAAUGAGAAGGUUAAAACCAAAUAAUCCUCUAACAGUGAGGAUUUCAAUCAGAGAUAGUCCGAAAGUCGCUAAGAUACAGGAACAGCUCAAUAGGAAAAUAAUGAAGAAGAGGAGAAGAGUGAAUAUACCUAUAAAGAAGAAGAAGUUGAUGAAUACUAUUCAGAAUCCUAAGGACCUGAAACUAAUAGAAACGCCUCAGUCAAGUAGUCUCAGGAGAUUAAAAAGGCUGAUACAAUAAAGGUAGCAGAAGAAUUAAAAGAAGUUGAUAGGUCAACUAAAAUAGAAAAAAAAUAAACAAGACUAGCCACUGAUGACAUAUUCAAGCUUGAGUCUUAAUAUAAACAGCAUGAUAAUCCAGGAGAAGGUGAAGAGUUUGAUCCAUUUAAUCCAUUUCCUUAAAAGCAAGAAGAUGAGGGGGAACCAAAUCAAGAAGAAUCUUACUAUGAUGAAGAGGAGGCUGAAGGGGCAGAUGAUGAAGAACCAGAUUUUGAAAGAGAUGAUAAUUAAAGAGAAAUUUUAUAUUGA